AUGCGUCGUACUCUUGGCGCCAAGCUCAAAUUCGAGUUCCUCGACGGCACCAUUCCGAUGUCGGUCGACUCUUUCGACCCUCUCCACCGCGCUUGGAAUCGCUGCAAUAUGCUCAUUCAUUCAUGGAUUAUGAACUCGGUGGAUCCUUCCAUCGCUCAAUCCAUCGUAUUCAUGGAGAACGCCGCUGAUGUUUGGCUCGAUCUGAAGGAGCGCUUCUCACAAGGGGAUCUGGUCCGAAUCUCAGAACUUCAACAAGAAAUCUACUCUCUCAAGCAAGACUCACGCACGGUAACAGAAUUCUUCUCUGAGCUUAAAAUUCUAUGGGAAGAACUUGAGAUUUAUAUGCCUAUUCCUACCUGUACCUGUCGUUCCAAAUGUGUGUGUGAAGCUAUGCGCACUGCUCGCCGGAAUCAUCAAUUGCUUCAUUCCAUGCGUUUCAUUACCGGCCUCAACGAUAACUUUGGAGUCGUGAAAUCUCAGAUUCUCCUCCGUGAUCCUCUACCAUCCAUUAACAAGAUUUUCUCCAUGAUCCUUCAACAUGAGCGACAACUUAUACCUACUUUCUCUGAGGAUUCCAAAGCUCUCAUCAACACUUCUGAGUCUAAGAAGCUUUAUCAGAAAUCUGGAAAAUCUUUCACCAAGUCCAAACCUCGUGUUUGUACCUACUGCAACAAAUCUGGCCACACUGUUGAUACCUGCUACAAGAAACAUGGUUUACCCCCUCAUUUGCAGCGAUCAAAUUCUUCAGGCACUGCUAGUGAAGGGAGUGCGUUCACAACUUCUGAUGCAGCUCCAGUCAAAGGUCCUUCUCCUUCAUUGACUCACGAGCAAUAUGAGAAGCUUAUCCAUCUAAUUCAAGGUUCUAGCCUCAAUCAGCAACUUGGAAAUGUUGCUUCUAAUCAGGUGCGCUCAAUCCACUCUUCUGGUCUUACACCAGUUGAUUCUUCAGGUAUUUACUCUGUCCAUUCUAUUUCUUGUUUCCAUUCUUCGUGUCAUAACACAACUCUUGGCUCUUGGAUCAUCGAUUCAGGGGACAGUCACCAUAUAUGCUCUUCACUACAAUGGUUUCACUCUUAUAGUGAAAUCACUCCAAUACUCGUCAAGCUACCUAAUGGUCAGCACACUGUCACAAAAUUCAUGGGCACUGUCACCUUUUCACCUGGAUUCACGAUUUUGAAUGUUCUAUAUGUGCCUGAUUUUAGUGUAAAUCUGAUUUCUGUUUCUGAAUUGUGCCAUAAUUUGAUUGGUUCAGCUGAAAGACUUGAUGGUUUAUACUAUCUUCUCCUGACAAAUAAGAAGAUCACCCCAAGCAUAAAUGCCAAUCAAAUACCUCAAAGUGCUUUGUGGCACUUUAGACUAGGACACCUAUCUCAUCCUAGAUUGUUAAAUUUAAAAGAACAAUUUCCCUUUAUUGUUAGUGAUCAAAAGGCAAUUUGUGAUGUUUGUCAUUUUGCCAAGCAUAGAAAGUCCUCUUUCCCUCAUAGCACAAAUAAAGCUUUAAAGCCAUAUGAUCUUAUACACUUUGAUAUUUGGGUCCCAUUUCCACUACCUCUAUUGGCAAUCAUCGUUAUUUUUUAA